CGCUCUGCUCCUGCAGCCCCGGUUAAUUCGCCAUGGAUGAUGAUAUUGCUGCGCUCGUUGUGGACAAUGGCUCCGGUAUGUGCAAGGCCGGCUUCGCUGGGGAUGACGCCCCUCGUGCUGUCUUCCCAUCCAUCGUCGGGCGCCCCAGACACCAGGGUGUGAUGGUUGGCAUGGGCCAGAAAGACAGCUACGUUGGUGAUGAGGCCCAGAGCAAAAGAGGUAUCCUGACCCUGAAGUACCCCAUUGAACACGGCAUUGUCACCAACUGGGAUGACAUGGAGAAGAUCUGGCACCACACCUUCUACAAUGAGCUCAGAGUUGCCCCUGAGGAGCACCCUGUGCUGCUCACAGAGGCUCCCCUGAACCCCAAAGCCAACAGGGAAAAGAUGACACAGAUCAUGUUUGAGACCUUCAACACCCCAGCCAUGUACGUAGCCAUUCAGGCUGUCCUGUCCCUGUACGCCUCUGGUCGUACCACUGGUAUUGUGAUGGACUCUGGUGAUGGUGUCACCCACACUGUGCCCAUCUAUGAAGGCUAUGCCCUUCCCCAUGCCAUCCUCCGUCUGGAUCUGGCUGGCCGUGAUCUGACGGACUACCUCAUGAAGAUCCUGACCGAGAGAGGCUACAGCUUCACCACCACAGCCGAGAGGGAAAUCGUGCGUGACAUCAAGGAGAAGCUGUGCUAUGUCGCCCUGGACUUCGAACAGGAGAUGGCCACUGCCGCCUCCAGCUCUUCCCUGGAGAAGAGCUACGAACUCCCUGAUGGUCAAGUGAUCACCAUUGGCAAUGAAAGGUUCAGGUGCCCUGAAGCCCUCUUCCAGCCCUCUUUCUUAGGUAUGGAAUCCUGUGGUAUCCAUGAAACUACCUUCAACUCCAUCAUGAAGUGCGAUGUUGAUAUCCGUAAAGAUCUGUAUGCCAACACUGUGCUGUCUGGUGGUACCACCAUGUACCCAGGCAUUGCUGACAGAAUGCAGAAGGAGAUCACAGCCCUGGCACCCAGCACAAUGAAAAUCAAGAUCAUUGCCCCGCCUGAGCGCAAAUACUCUGUCUGGAUUGGUGGCUCCAUCCUGGCCUCCCUGUCCACCUUCCAGCAGAUGUGGAUCAGCAAGCAGGAGUAUGAUGAAUCUGGACCCUCCAUUGUCCACCGCAAAUGCUUCUAAACCGGACUGUUACCACGUCACACCGAAACAAGAACCCAUAUCUGCGCAUCAACCAAGACAAGAUUGGCAUGGCUUUAUUUGUUUUUUUUGGCGCUUGACUCAGGAUUUAAAAACUGGAAUGGUGAAGGUGACAGCAGCAGUCUUAGCGUGUCGGAGCGAUGGUCCCCAAAGUUCUACAAUGCAUCUGAGGACUUUGAUUGUACAUUUGUUUUUUGUUUUGUUUUUUAAUAGUCAUUCCAAAUAUUGUAUAAUGCAUUGUUACAGGAAGUUCUCGCCUCUGCGAAGGCCACAGCCCAGUUUGAAGGAGCCUGUACCUAAAGAGAGGGUUUUAGGUGUAACUGCUUGUCUGUAAAUUAUGUAACCCAACAAGUGUCUUUUGUAUCUUCCGCCUUAAAAACAAACACUUGAUUCCUGUUUGGAGUCUGUCAAGCAAGCAGGGCUGUGUUUCCCAGUGGUAGAUGUGAAUGAAGGCUUUAGUACCCCUGGAGCGUCCAGUGAAAAAGCGGUGCCAGUAUGUGGGGGAGGGAGGGGCUACCUGUACACUGACUUAAGACCAGUUCAAAUAAAAGUGCACACAAUAGAGGCUUGA